UUUCAUUUUACUCACGUUGCUUUUCAGUGAAAUGUUAAAGAUAUGUAGUAAAACAACGACAUCUUCUAAUCUCGAUAAACAAGCACUUUCAACCGUUGGCGUGACGUCACGUAAAAUGUUCAGGAAUAAUUACCAGGGUGGAGCUGUGGUUGAGAUCUUUAGUGGACAAGGAAAAGACCCUGUAGCAAAAUGGAAACUUUGCGGAGGUCCGUCAGCCAUACAUAAGGAGUACAAUAAAGAAGUCAAAGGGUUUGUUUACUGUCUCGAUGGUAGCAGCCAGACCGUCAAGAUGCAAAUGCCAGAGAAUGGGAAAAUGUCACUUGGACUUCUCCAAAGAUUCUUGGUCCUUCAAGUGAAUAUUCCCCAGUGUAAAGAUUUUUCCAUUGAGCUUGUGUUAACUGAUUCAGAGCACCUGAAAAGAAGACUUUACUUAUCAACAGUACAUAAAGAGUUGUCUGCCACACCUCUGCAUGCAAAGAUACCUUUUGUAGGAUUGAAACGUAGUAUUUGGUCUACUUUGUGCAUCGACCUUGUAUCGUUCACCGGUGCACUGUUCAAGGGGUUUUUGACACUAGAUGGCAUCACUUUGUUUGCGACCUGUAAAGUCCGCAGAAUCUUCACCAUGAAAACAGAGCCUACAGGGAUGUCACAUGAUGAUAUGUUUCUCAGUGGAGCUGGUCUUUUGGACUUGAUCCCUCGCAGUUGCCAGUUCCCGCCUGAUGUAAAGCACGUCACUCAAGUGUUGAACAUGGAGAAUUUGCCGAAGGCUGGACUGCUGAGCUCUGACUGUGUUCCUGAUCAGUCUACCAGCGCCAGGCCAACUGGUUAUCGGCGAUCCAGGCCUCAGGGUGUUUUAUACACAGCCUCAGGCUCCAGGGUUUCAGGACCGCCCCCUCCAACUGGAAGAAAGAGUAGUGCAGCCUCAGACCAAAUGAAUAGAAGUGUACUCUUUAUCUCAAAUGCGGGAUCCCCAUCCAGUAAAAUGACCCAAAAAGUUGCUGCAGAAAGUGAGAGCAUCGCCAAGCUGAGUGAGAAUUUAUCACACGGAAAACCUUCCCACAUUCUUGUUGACGCAACGCUUGGCAGUUUACAGCCCCAUCCCCCAGAAGACAGAGUGUUUGACAAGCAGGGAUCUAAGAAGCUUCAAGUUUACAGCGCUGGAAGAGAGAGGCGAGCAUCGUCAGCCUCUCUAGGUGCUGUUCCUGGUGGCCACCGAAAGAGAGGUAAACCCAGGGAGAAGUGCACUUCUCCACCCAGUAGGCAAGAGAGCGAGCAACAACCUCUAACCCUAACAGAAACUACAAAGCACCUAACAGCAGAUGAGUGUAGCUGCAGUCCCGCCAAGGAAGGUUCAGGAGCUGCUCCGACACCAGCAGAGUGUCUCUCCUGCUCGGUCUGUCCAGGUUUGUCUGGCGACAUGCAGGUCUUCAGCAGCUGGGAGAGUAAUGAGGGGUCCGAGCCCCAGCUCACUCUGCAAGAGGAGGUGUUCACUUUCUCGUCCCAGCCACACUCACCCAAACGAGGGCAAGGCCAUGGUGACCAGGAGAAGGUGGAGAUGGAAGAUGAUCCGGUUGAGAACAGAAGUGGGAGGCGGUGCGAGGCCCAGCCUGAGGAUGACUUUAUCGGCAGUGAAAGUGAUGAGGAUAAGAGCUCCACCACGCUCAACCCUGCCUCUCCCAGAUCUCCCAGUCCAACUUUGGAUGUGCAACUUGUAGUCCAUCCUGAAUCUCAUAACAUGGAGCGAACAACACCCACAGGGCUCAGUCCAGCGACCACCAGUAUGCAGUCUUCAUCCAGUGGAAGAGCUAAAGCUGCUGAAAUCGCCCCCACGCGCUGCCUCUCACCAAGUGUGACCCCCAGCAGACAGGAAAACAAGUGUGUCCCGUGUGGAUCAGAGAUAGUGAACCAGGUUGUGGACGAGAAGAGCAGUGUAUCGCUAUCAAGGAGACUCCUGCAAGAAGUCAAAUUAAAUGACUCCACACAGCACAAGGAAGAAGAAAACAACACGCCGAAGCCUGUUGACUCCAGCGCUUACAACUUAAACCUGCUUACCAAUCUUCGAACGCACGGGGAUGAUGGCGACAACGAGCUUCGAAUGCUGGCAAGUCUAAAAAGGGAGCAGGAGGAAGAUGAAUGUAGAGCCUCGGGCCUCAGUGCAUCUCAGAUCCACCACUGUAAUGUCAGCAUCAGCAUGAGCACUGACGACGCCUCUACCUGGACCCACAUCUCCAUGCCGGCUAAUCAGGGUCACCACUAUCAGAAGGAAAUGAACCCCCUCCUGCAAUCAAACCCCAGGGAGUGGAUGGACGUGCUCAGCCCUCCCAUUAUGCCUCCCAGCCAGCUGAGAAGGUCAGGCAACACAUGGAACAAUUUGGAAGAUCUAAUCGGAGGACGGGAUGAGUCCCUGAAUGAACCGGAAAAGGAGGACGAGUAUUUGAAUCUGCUCUAUGAUCCUUGCCUGAACUGCUACUUCGAUCCAAAGACGGGGAAGUACUAUGAACUAGCUUGACUCGACGCUCCAAGAGAAUCAAAAUAAUUGAAUCAUAAGUUAUUGACAGGGGAUGAAUAGAUUCAUCCAUUUUUUUUGAGGCCUCGCUUAUUGAUCGGGAAUGAAUAACCCAUUCAUAAAAAUAUUUCCAUGCUGCUGCUUUUGUUUUUGAGAAACAAACAGGAGCUUUGUGUCUUGUUAGUGUGUAAUGGAGUGGGACUAAAUAAAUCAGAUGCAUGCUUUUUGCAAGAAGUGGAGUAGUUGCCCAUUCAGUAGCACAUCUGAUGCUAGAAAUAGUCCUUUUGGAAGUCUUGGCUACCAAAUGAAUAUGUGAGCCUUUUGAAAGAACAUCCUGGAGCUUCGUUUUACUCAGAAGAUUUCUGACAUGUAGGUUUAGCCUGGAUUAGUAUUACAGUAUGGGUCAUUUUGUCGAAAUAAAAGUCAUUGAAAAUAUGUUGAUGUAUGUGUAUAUAUGUUUGAAUUAAAUAUGAAUUGAAGUUA